AUGGGUAAACCCCGUGGUAUACGCACGGCGCGUAAGCACGUGAACCAUCGUCGUGAGCAACGAUGGGCGGACAAGGAGUUCAAAAAGGCCCACAUGGGUACGAGGUGGAAGGCAAACCCUUUCGGAGGAGCAUCACACGCUAAGGGCAUCGUCCUGGAGAAAGUUGGUGUAGAAGCCAAACAACCGAAUUCUGCCAUCCGCAAGUGUGUAAGAGUACAAUUGAUCAAAAACGGCAAAAAAGUUACCGCCUUCGUACCGAGAGACGGUUGUCUUAACCACAUUGAAGAAAACGACGAAGUAUUAGUGGCGGGAUUCGGUCGUAAAGGUCACGCCGUUGGUGACAUUCCUGGAGUUCGGUUUAAGGUGGUGAAGGUCAUACAUUGUGAUAAGUGCAGCGUCGCUCAUAAGUGUAAAUUUUUUAAAGUGUUAAAAUCAAGUAUGCAAUAA